AGUUUGUUAACUUUACGUAGCUACGUUGAACAUGUGCGUAUUUCAUGUAAAGGACACAAUCAUUGUCUCCUGAGGAACACAGUAGGUUUUGAUGCUUGGCAAAGGAAAUAUUUUUAAGGAGUUAAUCUUUGGUCGCAUCUUUUAUGGAUUAUUGGAUGUUUCUCCUGGCCAGCUUCCCUUCUUAGUGCAUCUGGACAUUACAACUAUUUCAAUAUGUGGGUAAACAGCAUUGCACAUCAGCAGAAGUUCCUACUGGUUUGGGCUAGAAGAUUAUACAAACCGGAAUCAAUCUCAAGGGUGGACUCUUAUCAUGUCUCAGCUUCUCUGCUGUACUCAGAGGACAGCAGCAGCAAACCCGUGCUGAAGAGACGUCGCAGAGUUUCAAUAAACUCCUCCGGGGUCCAACACAAGCCUGGUGUAUCUGAUGGAUGGAUCAAACAGGAGAAAACUAUGUCGAAGGAGCCAAAUCAGAGGAGCUGGGUGGACAGCAGAAUGUCCUCUGAACUCAGGAGACUAAGUAUGGAGGAUUUCCCUGAGGAGAGAAAGGAGAGGCUAAUUGGAGAGAAAAAGGAGAAGGAGAGGCUGGUGGGAGAGAAGAAGAAGGAGAGGUUGGUGGGUGAGAGGAAGGAGAGGUUUGUGGGUGAGUGGAAGGAGAUGUUUGGGGGAGAAAAGAAGGAAAGGCUGGUUGGAGACAGGAAUAAGUCAACAGUGGACUCUAAAGCAGAAAAGUAUGAGGUUGUUUUUGGCAUCGCUCCCUGUGUCCUGGCUCUUACUCAGGGUAGAAGGAAGCCCCGUAAACUGUUUGUAAAAGAUGGCGAGGCCUCUAACAGGGCUUCUGUGUUAAACGUGUGCGAAGAGGCUCAUCGGCGAGGAGUACAAAUCCAGCGGGUCAGUAAGACCGAUCUGGACAAGAUGUCUUCUGGGCGAGUGCAUCAAGGAGUAUGCCUACAAGCAAGUCCUCUGGGCUAUCUCAAUGAAAACAGAGACUCUGAACCCAACACGGGGGACACUCCUCUCUGGCUCGUCCUUGAAAGAAUUCAGGACCCCAUGAAUCUCGGCGCCAUCCUGCGUUCGGCUUAUUUCCUCGGCGUGGACCGAGUUGUCAGCAGUCUUCACGAUAGCUGCCCGUUGUCGCCAGUGGUCAGCAAGGCCAGCUCAGGCGUCAUGGAGGUGAUUGGCGUGUACGGAUAUGAAAACCUUGAGGAUAUGCUGAAGAUGAAGUUGGCGCAGGGCUGGCAGGUGGUGGGCACAGUGGGAGCUGAAGCGGAGGGGUCCCAGGUUCCUAUCACCCAGUGUUCAGACUUCCAGAUGUCAAAACCUACGGUGUUGUUGAUGGGGGGUGAGGGGGAGGGAUUGUCAAAGCAGAUGAUUUCUCUGUGCCAAACACUUCUCACCAUCCCUGCCGGCAGAGACCUGUUCCCGGGUAUCGAGUCCCUCAACGUCUCUGUAGCUUCAGGCAUUCUGCUCUACUCUCUGCUGUCCUCCAGGAGGCCCGCCAGAUGAAGACCACCUUGAAUAUCUGUCUGCACUCUAUGCAAUAUGCAAGGGAACUGAGAAUUAGAUAUUUAUGUAUCACAGAAUAACAUGUGUAUUUGAAAUGGAACACAUCAGGGCAAUCUUCAGAAAUGGCCAUAAAGAAUAAGGGUGAUAUUCUAUAAUGUUUGUUCUGUCAACACAUUCCAACAGUGAAUGUAUCGACUAACUACUGUACUGUGUGAGUAUCAAAGUCUAGUGUAUUGGUUUCUUAUGUGCCAUAGAGCUCCAUUUUUUUCCCCAAAACUAUUAAAAACACAUGAAUGAG